AUGGCUCGCUUCGGAGACGAGAUGCCGGCCCGCUACGGGGGAGGCGGCGCGGGCCCGGGCGCCGCGGCCGGGGUGGUCGUGGGCGCCGCGGGCGGCCGCGGAGCCGCCGGGGGCAGCCGGCAGGGCGGCCAGCCCGGGGCGCAGAGGAUGUACAAGCAAUCCAUGGCGCAGCGGGCCCGGACCAUGGCCUUGUACAACCCCAUCCCCGUGCGCCAGAACUGCCUCACCGUCAACCGCUCCCUCUUCCUGUUCAGCGAGGACAACGUGGUGAGGAAAUACGCGAAAAAGAUCACCGAAUGGCCAUAUCCUUUGCCCCGGCCGGGCGCCCGCGCCUCUCCCCGGCCCCGGCGUUUAUCUACCCGCGUGGCUUGGAAGCGCCUGGCGCCCGCGGGGCCCCGCGGAUCCUGGCUGAUCCGAGCAGCGGGCGCCGUGUUCCGCGCGCGGCGCUGCCACCGACCAGAGGCUCAGCCCAGCUGGGUGUCUCCCCGGUAA